UCUCCACGCGUUGCGACACCGAACCCUUUCAGCCGAAAGAAUACCAGUCUCGAUUUGGACGAUUACUUCCAAGGACCAAGAGAUAUCGGAAAACACUCGAAAUGGCCACUUUUUAUGCAAAUGCACGGUUCCAUCACCCCCAAAAUGAUCAUACCACUCAUCUUCGUUGGCCUGUGGUCUGGUUGGAUUACUGCAGUCACCAUAAAGUACGACAACAUCGACCUGAGCGUCAACAGCGUUCUGCUCACCGUCACUGGUUUCGUCGUUGGUUUGGGUCUUUCUUUCAGAAGUUCGACGGCUUAUGAGCGAUAUGCUGAGGGUCGACGAUACUGGGGCCAGUUGCAACUGACGUGUCAAUCGCUCGGCCGGAUCUUUUGGGUUCAUGUGAACGAGCGGCCGGGUCGUGAGAAGGAGGAUAUGCUUGCAAAACUUACUGCGAUGAACAUGCUAAUUUCCUUCGCCAUUGCCUUGAAGCACAGGCUUCGGUUCGAGCCUUAUGGUGAUUACCAAGGUCUGGGCGACCUUAUUGAUCACCUGGAGACGUUUGCAAAGAAUGCGACGGAUGAGACCGUCUUCAAAGCCAAGAAGCCCAACUUUUUCAAAGCCACUGGUGAUAUGCUCGGCAUAUCUUUUGCGGUUUCAAACCCUCGCAAGACCAUCAAGAAAGCGACAAGCCCUACCGGUAACCUCCCGCUCGAGAUUCUGUGUUACCUUUCGGCCUACGCGGAUGAAGUUGUAACCAACGGACAACUGCCCAUUCCCAUGACGCAGACCGGUCUAUACAACGGCGUCGGUGCGCUCAAUGACGUGCUUACCGGUGUGGACCGUGUGCUGAACACUCCCUUGCCCAUUGCCUAUACCAUCGCAUUCUCCCAGAUUACCUGGGCGUACAUUCUCGUCCUACCCUUCCAGCUUAUCGGUACACUGGCGUGGAUCACUAUUCCUGCCAGUAUUGUUGCCGCCUAUAUCAUUCUUGGUAUCUUGUUUAUCGGCCGUGAAAUCGAGAACCCCUUCGGCGACGAUGUGAACGAUUUGCCGCUAGAACUGUACUGCAAGCAAGUCAUGGACGACAUGGAAACCAUUGCUGCUCGCCCCAAGCCCAAGAUGUCAGACUACGUUCAGUCUUCACGAAACAAGGUCAUGUUCCCUUACAGUGAAUCAAGCUAUCACGCCUGGGCGCAGCGCCCAGAAUCCGCGAUCCGCGCGGCUCUG